ACAAUCCAGUCUUGAGAUCAAUCAUUGAACAAAUCAUUUAUAGCGUUUUCAUAACCCUCUUGCAUUUUCAUCUACAGUAUCUUUUUUUAGACUCAUCAAUUUAUCCCAAAAAGCCCUUUUCCAAAAUUUACAACAAAUGGAAAUUGAACCAAAUUCAAUUGACCAUUUCAAGCUAUAUAGCCAAUUGGAAUUACAGGAGUUCGCCGACAAAUUCGUUUUCCGAUCAACGGAAUCAUCCACUGAAGGCUUCUCCGUUAGCCGCUACGAUGGGAACAUCGAGAAACUCAAUGGUGAUAUGAGCUUUGGAAAACCUUCAAAAGUCUCUACAAUUUAUGGAGUUGCUGGAACAAUUAGGUUGUUGGCAGGAUCACAUAUAUUAUUAAUAACAUCCCGGAAAGAAGUGGGGAACUAUCUUGGUUUUCCUAUUUUCCGUGUGAUGUCCAUGAAGUUUCUUUCCUGCAACGAGGCAUCAAGGCAUCUUACACGUCAAGAAAAAAGAGAUGAAACUUACUUCAUGAAUUUGUUGACAAUAGUGGAAUCAACUCCAGGCUUGUAUUAUUCCUAUGAAACAGAUAUAACAGUGAACUUGCAGAGAAGAUGCAAUUUGGCAAAAGGGUGGAUGAGUAAACCAGUUUGGAAACAGGCUGAUCCGCGGUUUGUUUGGAAUAAAAAUCUGUUGGAGGAACUGAUUGAAAAUAAGCUUGAUGGAUUCAUCGUUCCUCUGUUGCAAGGAAGCUUCCAGACUGGACAUCUUAAACUCAAAGAUUCACCAGCUACCAUAGCAUUGAUUUCAAGGAGAUGCACACGGCGCUUGGGAACACGAAUGUGGAGAAGAGGGGCUAAUCUAGAAGGAGAUGCUGCUAAUUUUAUUGAAACUGAGCAGUUGCUGGAGUUUGAAGGUUUCAGGUCUUCUUUUUUGCAAAUUCGAGGUUCAAUUCCACUCCUGUGGGAGCAAAUUGUUGAUUUGAGCUAUAAACCACGGCUUAAUAUUAUCGAUCACGAGGAAACACCAAAAGUCGUGGAGCGCCAUUUUCAUGAUCUCUUGCAAAGAUAUGGGCAUGUCAUUGCAGUUGACCUGACAAACAAGCAAGGUGAUGAGGGUCUAUUAAGUGCAGCUUAUGCAGCAGAAAUCCAAAAGCUGUCAAGUGUGAGAUAUGUGUCGUUUGACUUUCAUCACUGUUGUGGGGGAUCAAACUUUGACAACAUACAACUUCUAUAUGAUCAGAUCGCAGAGGAUUUUGAAAAAAAUGGAUACUUUCUCAUAGACACAGAAGAGAAGAUUAUAUUAGAGCAGAGAGGAGUUAUUAGAUCCAACUGCAUUGACUGCCUAGAUCGAACAAAUGUUACUCAGAGCUACCUGGCUCGGAGGUCUUUGGAUUCUCAACUCCAAAGACUUGGUGCACUUUCUUCAAAUGAGUGCAUUUCUAUGUUCACUGAAGAUUUUGAAAUCUUUAAGACUAUGUGGGUGGAGCAAGGUGAUGAAAUCAGCCUGGAAUAUUCUGGAACACAUGCUCUAAAACGGGACCUUGUCAGAUAUGGAAAACAGACUAUGACAGGACUUAUAAAAGAUGGGAUGAGUGCCAUUUCAAGAUAUUUCUUGAACAAUUUUCAGGAUGGAAUUCGCCAGGAUGCAGCGGACCUUAUAAGUGGUCGCUACAGUGUUAACAGGGACAGCCCCUCUCCGUUCCAGAAUAAUGGAUUCGACUCACUCAGUUAUCUACCAGUAGCAUCAGCACUUUUAAUUGGAGGAUUGACCGUGACCACCAUCACGAUUAACCAAGCUGGACGAAAUACAAAUACCAUUCUGUCCUCUGCACUGUGUGCUGGUGUAAUUGCUGGAGUUAUGGCACUAGUCAAAUCAAAUGGAAGGCAAAUCUGCUCAAGACCUCGAUUGUGUGGACUGCUGUAAGUCUGAGCAUCAUAUCAUAGUAGAUAUCCAGAACCAUGAGGCAUUUUUGCUUCGUGAACCUGACUGCUAUUGAACCCCUGAAUUAAGCCAAGCCAUAAAAAAAUUCGGGAACUAGGACUCCCGGGACAAUGGAAGGAGCAGCAGGCAUUGUUGUGUUAUAACCAAAUGUCAGAAAACCUUAUAGUAAAGGGAAACAUGACUGAUUAUAUAUAUUUUACUUGUAUCAAAUUUGAUUCACCCCAACUUGUUUGGGACUGAGGUAAAAACUGACUUAAAUAAGGCUAUAAUUAAGUUCAUAUCCCAAUAAUGUUUACAUCCUGAUUGAGGGGAAUUGAUGAUUGUAGAUUUUCAUCUAGUCAAAACAUUUGUUGCAAAGUAUGAAUAUCCAGACAUGGCAUACAAUUA